UUCUUUUUCUUUGGAAUAAGGCUUCAUCCCGUUUAUCUCUUUGGCGUCACGGACCUUAAUUGGCACCCUAUCGUUUGGCGUGCAUAGUUAAGUUUAUUGCAAUGUUACUGUUUGCAGGGGGGUGGUUCAUCUUACGAUCGGCUGGGUGAUUCUCCACAGAUUGGGUGUAAUCUGUGACUCACCAGGUGCGCCUAUUGUUGUCUGUUUACCCUUGCUGGAGAAAACCUCCACAGACUAGAUCCCUGCUUUCCAAGAUCGUGUUCUAAACCAAAUUAAAACAGAAGAUGCGUUCAUACUUAUCUUCAUCUUAAAGUCCAUUUAAAAACCCCACAAUAAUGAAUGAAGAAAUUAACAGGAGGAUGGAGGAGGCCAAUGCUUCAGCUCAACAACACCAGCAACAACAGCAACCGCCAUCUCAGCAGCAGCAAUUGUUGCUGCAGCAUCAGCAGCAGCAGCAGUUUCUUCUAAUGCAACAACAAUUUCAACAACACCAACAGUCCAUUAACAGAUUCCCUUCAAAUCCUAACAUAGCAAACAAUGGUUCCCACUUGUUACAGUCGAGGAACCCAAUUCUUCACCACAAUCAUCUUCUUCAACAACAUCAACAGCAACAUCAACAGCAACAACAACACCAACACCAACAUCAACAGCAACAGCAGCAAACACAUCAACAGAAAUCAAACCCAAGACCGGGAUAUCAAGCAGAAUUAGAAAUGGCCCACCACGAUGCAUGGAAAGUCUGCAACCCGGACAUUAAGCGACCGUUUUCUUCACUUGAAGAUGCUUGUGAAAGGAUUUUGCCUUACCAUGUUGUGACAGACUAUGAAAUUGAAGAUGAUGAUAGACUGUUGGAUUCCGAUACAGCAGGUCAGAUGUUGUCACGUUUUCAAGUUUGGGAGCAGAACCUACUUGCUAAAGUUGGUGAACUUAGUGUUGCAUUUGAGAGGCAAAUUAACACUUACAAUUCCCUGUUAAGGAGGAGAGCUCAAGGAGAUUUGAGAUCAGAAGAAAGGCUAAUGAUAGAGCAAAUCAUACUUCAUGAUGAGAGGCAAAAGCUGAUGGAGACCAGGGCAGAAAUAGAAUCCAGAGAGAAAGCAGGAAGAGAAGCAGCAGAAGCAAAAAGGAGGAUAGCUAUAGCUGAACAACAGGCACGGGCUGAAGCACAAGCACAAGCACAAGCACAUGCAGAAGUAUUGGCUAGGGCAGAUGCAGCAAGAGUAGAAGCAGCUAGAGUCGAAGCUCUUGCGAAAGCAAGAGCUGAAGAGCAACAUACUGUGCAUGAGUCGUCCAUGCAGGAGCAAGGUGUAAACAUGGAUGAAAUUCUGCAUAACUGGGGUCCUCUUCAGAGGGAAGAUGAUGCUGAGCCCUCUGAGGACUUUUUGAACGAUGAUCAUGAUCAAGAGGCAGGUGAUGAUAGAGGCUUUCAAAAUAUGGGAGUGGCAUUAGGAAACGGAAUGCAUGAUGACUGGAGAGAUGUGGGAGAGCUUGAUUUGAAUAUGAGGUGAUGAUCAAUUGUAGGGGAAAUGAUUUUGUAAUUACAAGUCAAUGAUUUCACUUUGGACUAUAAAUAGAGCGCAAGAAAUUUAAACAAUUAAAAAAAUUUCCACAAUUAAAGUUGGCAGAGGAGUAGCAGCUAGAACAUCAUGCAGACAACAAAUAUUAAAUCAUUCUAGUUAAUCAAUGAAAGAUCAUGUUUUGUGAUUUUUAUCUGCAAAUGCCUAUCAAAUCUAGUUGAGAAACAUUAAUACUCACAAAUGUGUAUGACUCUUUUGCAACAAAUAAAUAUUUGGCAAAACGUUGGAUUCUCA